CUUCCUCGAAGGAAACAGGUUGUCCGCUUCACCGGCUCUGACCACGGGCCAGGCAGCCACCCUCACGAUGGAAGACCAUACCUGGGCACCCAUUGCCACUUGGACGCCGUCUGCCGACUGGGACGCUUCCAAUUCCACGGAGUCCUAUGGCAACACAACAGCGGACUUCGCCGCUCAGACAGACAUGCAGGGAUCCAGCAGUGGAAGCGGUUCCCAAGUUUCCACCCCAACUGGUCUUCCCGUCCAACCCUUCUGGGACUCUGCGCUGAGCCAGGGCGUCAGUGUGCUGGUGGCGGCGAUCCUGUGCUUCAGUAUGUUGGGGCUCGGCUGCACGGUGGACAUGCCGCGCCUGGGAGGCCACAUCAGGAGGCCGCUGGGUGUCCUGUUGGCCGCCGUCGCCCAGUUCCUCAUCAUGCCCAUGGUGGCCUUCCUGCUCGCCAUGGCCUUCUCCCUAGACGAGGUGGCGGCCGUGGCCGUGCUGCUGUGCGGCUGCUGCCCCGGCGGGAACCUCUCUAACAUCUUGGCCCUUCUGGUCAAUGGAGAGAUGAACCUCAGCAUAAUAAUGACCGUGUCCUCCACUCUCCUGGCGCUGCUGCUGAUGCCCUUGUGCUUGUGGAUUUACAGUCGAGCCUGGAUUGACACUCCGGUGGUUCAGCUCCUGCCCUUUAGGGCGAUAAUUCUUACUCUCUGCAGUACUUUAAUCCCCAUCGGGUUGGGAGUCUUCAUCAGGUUCAAAUUCAGCAGAGCAGCGGACAUUCUGCUCAAGAUUUCACUCUGGUCCUUGAUGGUCACUCUUUUAAUCCUCUUCAUCCUCACUGGCACCAUGCUGGGUCCUGAUCUUCUAGCCACUAUUCCAGCUUCCGUAUACAUCGUGGCUCUGCUGAUGCCCCUCGUUGGAUGCGUUGCUGGUUACGGCCUGGCCACCCUCUUCAAACUGCCUCCUAACUGCAAAAGGACAGUUUCCCUGGAGACCGGAUGUCAAAAUGUCCAACUCUGCACUGCCAUCCUGAAAUUGGCCUUCCCGCCCCAGAUAAUUGGCGGGAUCUACAUGUUCCCGCUACUCUACGCUCUGUUCCAAGCCGCAGAAGCCGCCCUCUUUGUUUUGGGGUACAAACUGUAUAGGCGAGAGGUGUUGCGAAAGCAGGAACCAUCAGACCAGGAGGAGACGGACAUUUCCUACAAGAAACUCAAAGAAGAAGAAAUAAGUGAAUCUGUUUACGGAGCUGUGAGCGAACACCACAGCACAGCGAUAGAACCCACUGUGAGUGUAACGCAAAUAUGAAACUUCAUGGUCUAACAACCGUA